GCCACCGUCAGCUCGCCAUGGGCCCGAGCAGAUUCCAUCGCUUCCAUUGCCAUGGGCAUUAGCGAACAGGAAUUUCUGCACCCGGAAUCCAUCUCAGAUACCUUGAAAUGUCCUGUUUGCUUCGAAAUCUUCGAUGACCCUGUCUUUUGUGGCGGCCGCCCAUGCCAGCACGUCUUCUGCCGCCAAUGUGUCGAGCAAUGCUUGGUGGCUGAGUCCCACUCUCAGGAGGACGAUGAGAAAGCCAUGGGCACCGGAGCAGUGGGGCAUUGCCCCACCUGUCGAGCUGAGAUGCAUUUGCAGGACCUGCGUCCACACCAGGCCUUACGAAGCCUCUUAGAUGAGCUGCCCGUGUGCUGUCGCCGUGGCUGCGGGUGGACAGGUCGUCGCGAUGCCUUGGUGGCGCAUGAAGCCUCAGGACCCAAUCAGUGCAUCCAUUUACGUCUUGAAGCUGCAGAGGCCCAAAUUGCUUUCCUAAGCGAGGCUGGUGGUCACCUAAGAGAAAGAGACCGGAAGAUCGCUGAGUUGGAGCUAAGGGUGGCCCAACAAGAUCAGCAGGUGGUGGAUUUUGGUCGCCAGUUGCUGGCCAGAGAGGUGCGCAUUCAGGAAUUGGAGCGUUUGCUGGAAGAACAGGAGAGAAACCUCACGCAGAAAGACGUGGAGCUUGCUCUCCUGCAGGCCAGAGGUCUUCGGCCCCCUGAGGAGGAACGCACCGGAACUGACCUGUGGCUUUAAGAUCUUUAAGCUCCAGUCACAAAACUGCACGGAACGGGCUGGUCUCGAAAAUUGAGAUCCCUGAAAGCGGUGUUCUGCUGCGAGAAAAA